AUGGAACGUAUGAGAGCUGUCAUGGAGGAAAUACGAAUUCAAGCAACCCAUUUGAUGUUGAUAGAAGUGGGUAUGGUGCCGAACAAAAGUGCAGGUUCUGAUUGCGAUUGGAUGGGGAGCACAGCAAUAUUGAAAGCUGGUCAAAUAUUUGAGAAAAUGGGCCAGUUCCAACCACCAUGUUCUGAGCCAAAUUCCUUCAAAAGGCAACACGACCAUUGUGGAAUCAUGUCAAUAGAUGUUCAGGGCCUUUAUACAACCCUUCACCUUGAAUACCAGCUUUCUAUUUGCUGCAUUUUAGUGCAUGUUGAUCUUGCAGCACAUGUGUCCCCGGAGCAGCUCCAUGCUGCUUCAAUAAGGCUGGUCGGACCUCCCUAUUCAAGUUCUGACACUCUAUUCUCCAUGUCUAGGUUUGGUUGA